AUGAAUAUGGAAGGUUUCAAGGUAAUAAAGGCCCGUGCCCGAGCGCGGAAGCGUGGGCGGAAGACGACAUCUUGCUCCCAAUGCCACAUUCGCAAGCAGAAGUGCAAUCAAGAAAUACCCUGCUCCCGAUGUAUCCAGCGUGGUGUUCCCGAGCUAUGUCAGUGGCCAGCUGAUGAAAGAGACAUUGGAAUUGGUUCUCACGAGAAAGUGCCGGCAACAGCCGACACCCAAGGAACCGAACUUGGCCAACUCUACAUUGCUCGAGGAGCGCCGACAUUUUUUGGAAACUCAUAUUUUGGGCACCAGGUCGCAGCGCGAAUGAUCCAUGAAUCUGCCCCAGAGCUGCCUCCCAUGAGCCUAUUGUCUACCCAAGACUCCCUGCAGUCAUUUAGGAACGACUCAGGCCCAUUUUCGCAAGUAUGGGAUCUCCUUGGCCUUCUCCCACGGAACAAGGUGACCGUUGACCGACUUAUCGAGAGAUUUCUGACUGAAAUUAACUGGGCUAUUGACACGGUCCAUCCGGAGACGUUCAGAUCUCAAUUCGAAGAGUUCUGGGGGAGAAAAUUUGGAUUCGAUGAGAUCGCCGGCGUCGAUCUUCGCUGGCUGGCACUGCUGUUUAUUAUUCUCGCGUUCAGUGUCCUCCUGGAUGCCCCGACAACCUCUCCAGAAAAGAGAAAAGAGAGUGAAGAAGCCUCGCUCCGUUUCUAUUGGGCUUCUCGAAGAGCCAUUGUAAUCGCCCCAUCUUUCCACGGUGAAAGUUUGGAUCUUGUUCGGGCUGGCUUGAUGGUGACACGGUAUCUGUUAUAUACCCGACAAAUCGCUGAAAGCUGGCUUACAGUCAGCUUUGCUAUGCGUAUGGCCCAAGCACAAGGUAUGCACAUCGAUGGAGAGAAAUGGGGGUUGUCAAAGAAAGCAACCGAGGUCCGGAGGAGGCUUUGGGGCAACUUGUACAUGCUUGACAAGACGAUUGCCCUUGCUCUCGGUAGACCAUAUGCUGUAUCAGAUCAUAUGUGCCUUAUUCAUCCACCAGAAAACAUAUGGCUGGAUGACUUGACAGGUGCGCAGUCUGAAGUGACCUGUGCACAGCCACUGACUAGACCUACGCCCAGCACCGUCACACUUUUGGGAAUUGGAUUGGCCAGAAUUGCUGGAGAGAUCCAGGAUCGAUGCUUUGGACUUUAUCCAGCGUCAUACGACGUGGUAAUCGAAAUGGAUGAGAAGUUGGUGGCAUGGAAAAAGCAGCUCCCAUCAUACUUUGCCUUGGAUGAUACUGAUUUUUCCCUGGAUGCUUCGAAUACCUUUCUUCCAUGGCAUCGUCUCUAUGUCCAUUCCGCAUUUCAUUUCGCCAGGAUCACCCUCCACCGGCCGUACCUCCUACGGGAGUCUAUCACCAACCGUUUUCGCCUCAGCCAUGAGGCCUGUAUCUCAUCUGCAUCAUCAGAUCUCAAAAUUCGGUUGGAGUCAUUGGGUUACGGAAUUGCAGGAAGUAUGCGAUGGACGCUCGGCACACAUAACAUGUUUAACAGCGCUUUGAUUUUGGGCAUCAUCGCAGUCCGCCGUCCUAAGGCCCCGCAAACCACAGCAAUAUUGGACGAUCUCGAACAGUAUUGCGAAAGGCUUAGAAAAGAUGUGCGGCUGAACGAGUUUGGACUCGCAGAAGUCAAAGUUGUUGAGCUGUGCAUUGCACGCACGAAGGGGUUUGCCAGGAACGCAAAUCAAUCCGGCCAGGAGGCGCAACCCGAGCCUCUCAAUAUUAUGCCCGGGAUUUUAUCCCACGAAAAUAUUCUAGAAGAGAAUAGGCAUGCGAGGAUGGCAACAGGAGGAAUGUCUCUAGAGCCUACUACACUGUGUGCUUCACCGGACCACCCAUCUGGCUACUCGCCCGAUAUGAUGUGGCCUGCAAUAUGGGAGGAUCAGAAUUUUGCCUUCCCGCAAGCUGCUGAUCUCGAAACAUGGGAGCAAAUGAUUUCAGAAAUCGCAUACCACGAAUAA